AUGAAUAAAUUUAAUAAAAUUUUUAGAAAGUCAAUGGCUAUACCACAAAAUGGGUCAAAUGAUUAUAAUUCGACAUCACCGUCAACAUCAUCAUCCCCACCUACAACUUCAUAUAUGUCACAUCAAAAUUUAAGUCAUAGUAGCGGUAGUAUAAAUAAUAGUAGUCUUAGUACUGGUAAUCUUAGUAGUAUUGGUAGUGGUAGUGGUAAUGUUGAGAAUCGCCAAGUUUUUGGGGGAAGUAGUAUAAAUUUAACAGGUGGUAUUCAACCAAUUGGUGGUGGUGGUGGUAGUAGUACAGCAUCAUCAGCAUCAUCAGCAUCAGCAAUUAAUUUAACAACACCAAAGAAUCUUUCAACUAGUGGUAGUAUGAUAAAUUUAAGUGGUACAAAUCCAGGUGGACAGAGUCAAAGUAAUUUAUAUUCUCAAUAUUCGCCAUUAUCAUGUAUAGAUUUCGAUCAAAUUUUCUCACAAUAUAUAAAUGAUAAUAAUGAUCAAAUUAAAAGUUAUUAUCUAGUUCAUUCAAUUUUAUCAAAAAAAGUAUUAGAUUCAACAACAAAUAGAGAUGAACGUAGUGGUAGUAAUAGCAACAUUAUUAAUAAUAAUAAUAAUAGUAAUGAAGAUACAUCAGCAAAAUCAUCAUGGCAACCUUUUUAUAAAAAGAAUUCAAAUAUUUCAUUUUUAAUAUUAUGUAGUAAAUCAAUAAUUAUUUUAGAUGCAAAUACAACACCAUUCACAAUUACAAAAAGGAUACCAAUUGGUGAUAUAAAAGAAAUCAUUUUUGAAACAUCUGAUCUUGGUGUAUUUUCAAUUGAAUUAAUACAACCAAAUUCACAACCAAACUCACAAUUAAAUAAUAAUAAUAAUAUUAAUAAUAAUAAUAAUAAUAAUAAUAAUAAUAUACCACCACAAAUUGUAAACUCACCAAAUAUUUUAUUUUUUACAGUUGGAUGUGAGAAAAAGGAAAUUCAAGAACAAUUAAAUCAAUCUUUUGAUGAAGUUUUAAAAGAUUAUUAUAAAAAUAAAGAUAUAUUUGUAUUAAAGAAAUGUAAUAUGUUAGGUACAGUUGAUCAAAGUCAUAAAAAAGAAUUUAAAGAUUUUGUUAAUCAAACUUUGGAUGAAAUGUCAAUGUUUGGAUUUACAGCACAAGAUUUAUGGGAAGGCAAUGCAGAUUUAAAAUUUUGGGUUGAUAAAAUUAAACAUAAAAUUGUAUUAAAUAAUGAUGAAAGAUUUGUUGUAGAAUUUGUAUUACCUGAAAUUUUAAAUGAAAAUAAUAGUGUUUAUAAACGUAUUUAUCGUGUACCAAAUGAUAUAUCAAUUAAAGAUAUUACAAAUUUUUUAUGUAUUAAAACUCAAACCAUUCAAGAUUCAUCGAUUUAUACAUUAUCAACUAUUAAAGGUAAAGAAUUGGAUGGUGAUGAUUGUUUAGCAGAUUAUGGAUUAGGUUCAUUUUUUGAUAAUUGGCAAUUGGUGCUAGUUGAACGUGGUAAAACUAGAAGAGCUGGUAUUUUCAAUUUGGAGGUCCAUUUUCCAGAUAAUCCAGAAUAUAGAGGUAGAUAUCAUCGUGUAUUGGAAUUGGAUGGUUAUAUGACUGCUUCAAAACUUGUUAAAUAUAUUGGUGAACAAAUGGAUAUCGCUAAAUCUCAUCUAUAUUGUAUAAGAUUAGAUUUAAUUUUAAAUUCAAAUCCAAAUUCUUCACCACUACUUUCAUCAUCACCCUCAUCAUCCUCAUCCUCAUCAUCAUCCAAUCAUCAUAUAAUUUCAAGUUCAAAUACCACACCAACUUCAAUCAUUUUAGAGGAUGAUGAUUAUUUAACAACUCAUGGUUUAGGUUCGAAAUUCUUAAAAUGUAAAUUAAAACUUUUACCUAAAAAGUUCCCAAAACCAUCAAAAGAUAAAAAAAUAAAUUAUGAAAUUACAUCAUUAAUUGUAAAUGAUAUUAUUGAAAAUGCAUGGAAAGUAUAUAAUGAAAGAAAAGAAGAGAAAGCAUCAAUAUUAUGUAAUGAAAUUUUAGAUUCAAUUAUUGAUAUUGCAGUUACUGAAUGUAAGAGAGCAUCAACAUUGUCAUUGAGGAUGGCUUCUGUGGGUUCGGUUGGUCGAUCGUAUUUAUAUAAAUUAUUAGCACAAAAAGAACAAGAGGAAUUGAAUUUCUAUAAGAUUGAUGGCCAGAAAAUCGUUGCAAAUGAAGCUAAAGAUUUAUUUAAUAGUUUAUCACCAAUUAAUAUUCCAAAUGGAAAUGGUAUUCAAUUAGAUGAUGAAAAUAAUAAAACUUCAUUAUUACAUAGAGUUGCUCCACCACCUCCACCACCACUUUUAGGUUUUAAAGAUUUUAAACCAAAGAAGAAAUCAAAUAUUGAUGAUAAUUCAUCAUCAUCAUCCUCCUCUUCAUCAAGCCAUAUUAAAUCAACACCAAUGGGUUCAAUGUUAGAUAUGAGUCAAAUUUUAAAUCAAAGAAGUAAAUUAAGAGUAAUGAAAAAGGAUGAAUCCACAACUACAACAACUCCAACCAAUGAUAAAGUUAACUUUACUUUGAGAAAUACAAAAUCAUUUGUUAAACCAAAUCAAGUUACAAAUGAAACUAAUGAAUUAAUGUUAAAACUUCAAAAGAGAAAUGCUGCUGUAGCUGUAGAUGCUGAAGAUUUAGGUGAUUCUUAA